AUCAUCCGCUCGAUUGACGGCAGGACUCGCCGCCAACACAGGAAAAGACCGAAUGGUUUGGGAAUCUAAAUUCGAAUCGCCCUUCUUCCCAUGCGAGUCUUGUCAUUAAGGGUAUCCCAACUGCCGCUGGUUCGAGUGGCGCUCGCGAGCCUAAAGAAUACGUCCCGCGGCAUCUGCACCACCACCAAGAUGGCCAAGCCAGACCACUCCGAGAGGACCGCAGCCGAGCCUCGCGACCCUUCGCUCCACACGGUCAUCCUCAAGCAGAUUGAUGAGGUCAACCCCUCAAUCCGCACCUUCCGACUCUCCAUCCCGCCGUCGGUCGGGAGCAUCAAGUUCCUCCCAGGCCAGUGGCUGGACGUCUUCGUGCCGGGCAUCAGCAAGCCAGGGGGGUUCACCAUCACCUCUGCGCCUUCCAAGGCCUCCAGCGCCGCCGCCCCAACAGGCCAAGGCACGGCCCCCUCUGCUUCCCCAACACCACCACCCGACGCGCCAGGGGAGCCCUACCUCGAGCUUGCCGUCCAGAAGUCUCCAGACAACCCGCCCGCCCAGUACCUCUGGAGGCCCGCGGGCGAGAUCAUAUCCUCGGAGCUGCGUGUCCGCGUCGGCGGCAGCUUCGUCUGGCCGCCCCCGGGGAUUCAGCCCAUGACCCUCCGCAAGAUCGUCUUCGUCGCCGGCGGCGUCGGGAUCAACCCCCUGAUGAGCAUCGUGAGCCACCUCGCCGAGCGUCCGGACCCACGGCACAAUGUCGAGUUCCUGUAUGCGACGCGGGACCCGGGCGAAGGCCGGCGCAACCGCAGCAGGAUACUGUAUCUGGACCGACUGCACGGCAUCUUCAACCACGACGGCGCACUCAAGGGGCGUCUUCGGCUGUUCCUGACGCCCGGAGGUGAGGGCCAUGGGAAGAAGGAUGUCUUGGAGGAGGGGAGCGUGGAUGAAGACCGCCUGGGCAUGGCGUUCAAGCGGCGGCGGAUCACCAUCGACGACAUUGCAGACGCGAUCGGUGACGACAAGCGGUUCGCCGCCGUCUACAUCUGUGGGGUGCCUACGAUGACGGACGAGUUCGUUAAUAAGUUGACUUCUCCACGGGGACUGGCCUUGGAGCCGCAUCGAGUGCUUUACGAGAAAUGGUGGUAGUCACUGUGGAAGGAAUGACAUGCAAUCACAGAG